CGUGUGGCGGCGGAGCCCCGUGUCGGGUGCGAUGUGAAGGCGGAGAAGGCGGAGGAGAAGCGUGCGGAGCCGCUUCUCUAUGGCCCUGGCGGCUCCUGCAGCUCGGGCGGCAGUGCCGGCCUGCGCCGGGCCGGAGCGGGGCCCGCGGCCUGCGGAGCCGCACCGAGGAGACCAGGCCGUGGCGCCGGACAGGGCAGGGAUGUCCCUGCAGGGCUGGCCAAGUGAUACAGGAUGCUGUUUUCUUUGGUGGUGUGUGCAGUGAUGCUGAUAGGGAGCUGUAAAGCUCAAGAAGAUGAAUGGAUUGACCCCACGGAUAUGCUCAAUUAUGAUGCAGCAUCAGGAACAAUGAGAAGACCUUAUAAGGUAGAGAAAGAAAGGCCAAACUAUCAUGACUCUGAGGAAGAGGCUGUGGAUAAAGUCAGUACUGAAAUCUCACGUUGUUCCAGGGUAGUAGAUUCCUUGCAACACAAGAUUGCAGAGUGUGAGAAGAGGAAUGCCAAAUCACAGGAGAGCCGUAGCUUUUAUAUUUUUAAGCGAUUCUUGAAUAAAAUUUUAAAUGAAGCUGGAAAACUUGGCCUUCCUGGCGAAGAUGUGGGCCAUGUCCAUUAUGAUGCUGAGAUCAUUCUUACCAGGCAGACGUAUUUGGAGAUCCUCAGGUUUGUCAGUGAGGAAGCCUGGCAGCCAGGAGCCCUGGAUGAGGCACUCGGUGAUAUUUUGGUCAAUUUUAAGCACCAUGAUGAGGAAGCUUGGCGGUGGAGAUUUGAAGACACCUUUGGAAUUGAUCUAUAUCAUUUGCUUUGGCUACUCUUGUGCGUAGUGUGCAUUGUGAUUGUAAUGGCUACAGAACUGAGGACCUAUGUUUCCCGCUUUGUUCAGCUAAAAUAUGUUUUAUUUCUGACUUUCCUCGUCAGUUUUGUAUGGAAUUGGUUUUACUUGUACACGCUGGCCUUCGCUCAGCACCAGGCAGAGAUGGCCAAGAUGGGGCAGUUUGACAAGGUCUGUGCCGAGAAGCUGGAGUGGUAUGGAAGUCUCAUGGAAUGGCUUAGAAGUACAUGGACGUUUCAGGAUGAUCCCUGCAAGAAGUAUUAUGAAAUUCUGCUUGUAAAUCCUGUUUAUAUGGUUCCACCAUCAAAGGCCUUGGCAGUAACUUUCACCAACUUUGUAACUGAGCCUUUGAAGGACAUAGGACAAGGUAUUGGUGAAUUCAUCAAGGCACUUAUGAAGGAGAUACCAUUAAUUCUGCAGGUUCCAGUGCUCAUUACCAUGGCUCUGGGUGUCCUGACUUUUUGCUAUGGUGCUGGAUCAUCAGUGUCUGCAUUAAGAUACUUAAGGGCUUCUCAGAAGAAGAGUCUUCCUCUGCCUCCUGGUGGGCAGGAGCCCAUAGCCUUUGGGCAGUACGAUGGGAGAAGAGCAGAUGAGUACUACCUGCAGCAGCAGCCCUACGUGCACAGAGCCCACCAGGACAGAGGGGACGCUGCCACCAGGCCCCUGCCCAGGCUGAGAGCGGGCAAUGGCAGCAGGAGCCAGGACACGGCACACGCCAGUGACCAGCUGGAUGCACAGCAGAACAGGUUGUACACUGAGUCUGAAGCUCAUAGACUUGAAACUCUCCAAGCUGAAAACCUUACUGCAGAAGCUGCACUUGAGCAGCAAAAACAGGAGACAGGCAAAGUAGAGGGAGAGACUGGAGAAAACCUAGAAACCUGUGACCCUAAUAAAAACCUAGAACAGAAAAGUUCUGCUGCAGAACCAUGCAAAGAGAAGAAAGAGAGUGUUUUACAUGACUCCAGGAAAGAGACUAAGGAAGACCCAGACUCUGCUGUGGAGUAGAGGAUGUUGCCACUGAAGGAGCUGGGAGUCUGUUCUUCUCCUGGAAGCAGCACCUCUGAUCAUCCAUCCUGUUACUCUGGAACCGACUCAGCAGAUCAAAGAACCCUUCAUCUGCCAUUGUCUCACGGCUGCUUUUCUGAAAAGGAGAAAAUUUGGGGUAUUUGACCUUUGAGUGCCUACAGCUGGGACAACUGCAUCAGAGUUUCAGUCCAGUGAUACACUUGAUAUUUACAUCUCUGAAAUUUAUUAAACAAAUUUUUUUAGUCAACCA